ACACAACGUCCAUAAACCGCGACGACCUGGGCGGCAACCAUCGACCGUAUCCGUAAUUCCGUAUCACACUCACCCCAUGCCCGGCGACACGGCACCGCACGUCGUGGAGGAUCUCCUCGGCAUCGUCCAGAUCCUCAGCGACGGCUCCGUCGUCCGCGGCGACGAGUCCGUCCUCGGCCCAAAGGAGCCGUUCCCGGACGUCCCCGGCGUGGAGUGGAAGGACGUAUUGUACCACGCGGCGCACGGCCUUCGCGUCCGCGUCUACAGGCCGGCGUCCGCGUCGUCGGUGGCCGGCGGCGCCAAGCUCCCGGUGCUGGUGUACUUCCACGGCGGCGGCUACUGCCUCGGCUCCUUCGCGCAGCCGACCUUCCACGCGUUCUGCCUCCGCGCCGCCGCGGAGCUCCCGGCCGUCGUGCUGUCCGUGCAGUACCGCCUCGCCCCCGAGCACCGCCUCCCCGCGGCCAUCGAGGACGGCGCGGCUUUCCUCUCCUGGCUGCGCGGCCAGGCCGAGCUCGGCGCCGGCGCCGAGCCGUGGCUCGCGGAGUCGGCGGACUUCGCCCGGACCUUCAUCUCCGGCGUGUCGGCGGGCGCCAACCUGGCCCACCACCUCACCGUCCAGGUCGCCACGGCGCGGCUCCCGGUCAGCCCCGUGCGCGUCGUCGGGUACGUACUCCUCUCCGCCUUCUUCGGCGGCGCCGAGCGCACGGCGUCGGAGGCCGACACGACGACGGACGUGUCCCUGCCUGUGGAGAUAUGCGAGCAGCUCUGGCACAUGUCGCUUCCGGUCGGGGCGAGCAGGGACCACCCGGUGGCGAAUCCGUUCGGGCCGGAGAGCCCCAGCCUCGCGCCGGUGGAGCUCCCGCCGGCUCUUGUGGUGGCGCCGUUGGGCGACGUGCUCCGUGUCCGCGUGCUGGGGUACGAGGCGAGGCUCAAGGACAUGGGGAAAGACGUCGAGCUAGUCGAGUUCGAGGGACAGCAGCAUGGCUUCUCCGUCCUUCAGCCGUUCGGCGAGGCGGCCGACGAGCUGAUGCGAGUCCUCAGGCGGUUCGUGUACCAAUGUGACACGCCCGCUGUGCGCUGAUGUGUUGGUGAAUGAAAGGAGCCAUCAAGCGUCAGGUUCUCAUUCGUCUCACAGACAAUGUACAACACGAGAAAUGAUGUUCUACCAUGCACGGGAUAUGCCGUGCAUGGCUAAGCCAUUCAUUUUUUGGAGGUUCGGACAUAUAUUGACCUGGCCUGUUGUAUCUCCUGCAUGUUGCUUAUUCAAUUGAAUUUUAUUCAAUCAUAUUCUA